AUGUUGUGGCGCGGCCUGCGGCCAGGGAGACUGGCUCGCGCGCAGCGCCUCAUCUCACGCGCGACAGCCUCACAGCCUCGUUGUCUCCUCAUUCACAGCACCAGCAGAGGCGCAAGACAGCAUCAUGCUGCCGACAUAGCAAGAACGUUCCACUCGGGCGCGCCGAGACUCUCACUCGCCGGCGGAUCAUCAACACUGCCCACCAUUGGCGACACCAUCUACGCCCUGUCCACGGCCCAAGGGCGGGCUGGCAUCGCCGUCAUACGCAUCUCGGGCCCGUCAUGUCUCGACGUAUACCAAUCAUUAUGUCCGUCAAAGGCUUUGCCCAAGCCGAGAUAUGCCAUCAUCCGCACGCUCUUUGACCCUCAGCCGCCUGCGCCCCAUGAGCCCGCCGGCAUCCUCGACUCGGAGGCCCUGGUCCUGUACUUGCCCGCGCCCAAGACCGUCACCGGCGAAGACGUGCUGGAGCUGCACGUCCACGGCGGGCCCGCGACCGUCAAGGCCGUGCUCGCCGCCAUUCCGCGGUGCCGCCCCAGCAGCAUCGACGCUCAUCCGCGGCGCAUCCGCUACGCCGAGCCGGGCGAGUUCACCAAGCGCGCCUUCUUCAACGACCGGCUCGACCUCGCGCAGGUCGAGUCCCUCAGUGACGCCCUCGCCGCCGACACGGAGCAGCAGCGCCGGGCCGCCGUGCGUGGCACCUCGGGCGCCCUGGGCCGCGCGUACGAACGCUGGCGCCAGCAACUGCUGCUCGCGCGCGGCGAGCUCGAGGCCCUCAUCGACUUCUCGGAGGACCAGCACUUUGACGAGCCGCAGGGCGAGCUGCUCGAGGGCGUGGCGCGCCAGGUCGCCGACAUGCUCGCCGGCAUACGCCUGCACGAGCUGGGUAGCCAGCGCAGCGAGCUGCUGAGGGGCGGCAUCCGCAUCGCGCUCGUGGGGCCGCCCAAUGUCGGCAAGAGCUCGCUCAUGAACCUCGUCGUCGGAAGGGAGGCGUCCAUAGUCUCGGGUGAGGCCGGCACCACGAGGGACAUUGUCGAGGCGAGUCUCGACAUUCGUGGGUUCUUGUGCGGCUUUGCGGACACGGCCGGGUUUCGGUCCCGCGCGUCGGUUGCGGAAGAGGGCACUGUGCUUGGAGCCGUAGAAGAGGAGGGCAUCCGGCGGGCCAGACAAAAGGCACAAGAGUCGGACGUCGUGAUUGUGCUGGCUUCCGUCGAGCAGGGUCCCAGCGGUCCGUUCAUCCACUACGACAAGGAGACGCUGGACCUGGCGGCCGAGGCAGACGCCCAUCUGGUCGUCGUCAACAAGCGAGACGCAGUCGACGAAGCGACAUUUGCGACUCUGCUCGCCGACUUCCGCCAGGCACUUCGUUCGCAGAACCCGAUCCUCGCCUCGACCAUCCCGCUGCCCAUCUCCUGCAAGCAGGGCCGGCAGACGGACGAAGUCCCACCCAGCGGCACCACCACCACGACGGACCCAGGAGGCAUUCACGCCGUCAUCGACGCGCUGGUCGCCUCCUUCCAGGCCAUGACGGAAAUGCCCCCGGACCUACAGGACCUACUGGGCGUAACGGAACGGCAGCGGCAGCUGCUCGUCAAAUGCCGGGCGCACCUCGAGGAGUUUAUGCUCGAGGCACGGCCCGAGGACGACGAUGUGGAGGCCGACGCGGUGCUUGCGGCAGAGUAUCUGCGCUACGCGGCCGACUGCCUGGCGCGCAUCACGGGCAAGGGUGAGGCCGGAGACGUGGAAGACGUGCUGGGCGUCGUGUUCGAGAAGUUCUGCGUGGGUAAAUAG